AUGGAGGACUUAAAUGUGAUCAAGAUCUCCCGAGUUAGCCCUGCAACCGACUCGGUCGAGCCGCUCAUUCUCCCACUCACUUUCUUCGAUUUAAUGUGGCUAAAACUCAACCCUACGAAGCGAGUCACCUUUUACAAACUCACUGAGUCAUCUCACGACUCCUUCUACUCCGUGAUCCUCCCCAAGCUCGAGAGAUCUCUUUCCAUUGUCCUCACACACUUCCUCCCUCUCUCCGGCAACCUCAAAUGGGACCCACAAGAACCCAAGCCGCACAUCGUCGUCUUGCCGCAAGACGCUGUCUCUCUCACAGUGGCUGAGACCGAAGCCGAUUUCUCUCAUGUUUCCGGCAAAGGGCUCCGUCACCAGACUGAGUUAUACCAUCUAGUGCCCGAGUUACCGGUUUCCUCUGACUCAGCCUCUAUUCUUGCCAUGCAAGUCACUUUGUUCCCGAACCAAGGCUUCUCCAUCGGAACCACAGUCCACCAUGUCGCGAUGGACGGCAAAACUCUGGUGAAGUUUCUCAAAUCUUGGGCUCACAUAUGCAAACACGGAACAACACCGCAAGAUUUUCACUUGCCUAUGCUUUUGGAUCGUACGGUCGUCAACGUUCCGGCCAGACUCGAACUGAAGCUCUUCGAAUUCCUUCGUUAUCUCUCGCAAGGGAAAGACUACGCAAGAACCCUAGAUCUUCCUCCCGCAAACAAGAUCGAAGAUACCGUGAGGAUCACGCUAGAGCUGACCAAGGAGAACAUCGAGAAACUCAAGAAGAAGGCCAAGAACGAAUCAACUCGCUCCGAUCUUCACCUGUCAACUUUCGUAGUCACUUAUGCCUACGUGUUGACCUGUGCGUUGAAGGCACGUGGAAGCGACUCAAACCGACCGGUUGCUUUCGAUUACGGUGUUGAUUUUAGAGACCGGUUAGACCCGCCGGUUCCUGUGAACUAUUUUGGCAACUGCGUGAUGCCUAUAAAUGUUAAUGGAUACGAAGCGAGGACGUUUCUUGGAGAAGAUGGGUUUGUCAAUGGUGUCGAGAUUCUCAGUGAUUCGCUCAGAGGUUUGAGUUCGCAAGGGGUUGAGUCAUUAUGGGAGUUGUAUGAGGAUGCAUUGAAAAAGAGGGAACAAGGUACUGAGACGUUGUUCCUUGCUGGGUCUAACAAGUUUGGGAUAUAUGAGUCGGAUUUUGGGUGGGGAAGACCCGUUAGUACUGAGAAUAUAUCUGUCAGUGGAAACAAUCUCUUCUCUAUGUCAGAGAUGAGGGAUGAGAUCGGUGGUGUGGAGAUUGGUAUGUGCUUGAAGAAGUGUGAGAUGGAUGUUUUUAUUUCUAUAUUUCAAAAUGGAUUGUAA